AUGAAGGCUCAGAUUCUUGAAACCAUAUAUCCUAUAGGCUCUAUUUAUACGUCAAUGAACUCAACAAAUCCAGCAAGUGUUUUAGGUUUUGGUACAUGGCAGCAGAUUGUAGACAAAUUCUUAUACUGUGCUAACUCUUCAAAGCAAACAGGAGGUUCGAAGAAAAUUAAAGAAGCAAACUUACCUGCGCACACUCAUACAGGAACGACAAACUUUUCUGGCGACCAUAGCCACUCAUUAAGAGACCACCCAUUAUACAACUCAGAGUAUGAAGCUGGCAAUGACGUUUUAUCUCCAUCUUAUAACAAUGCAGCAAAAAAGAUUUUUCGACCAACUGAACCAGGAGGAAAUCAUGUCCAUACUUUCACAACAAAUCCAACAGGCUCGGGUGAAGAUUAUAUGCCACCAUUUGUGACUAUAUUCGCAUGGUAUAGAGUUCAAUGA